AUGCUAAGAUCAUCUAUUGUUCGUUCUCGUUCUUCUAUUAGACCUAUCGUACGUCGUUCUUACUCCAACUUCAAGGAAAUUAAGUUUGGUGUUGAAGGUAGAGCCGCUUUGCUAAGAGGUGUUGAAACCCUUGCUGAUGCCGUUUCUGCUACUUUAGGUCCAAAGGGUAGAAAUGUUCUAAUUGAACAACCUUUUGGUGCUCCAAAGAUCACCAAGGAUGGUGUUACUGUUGCAAAGGCCAUCGUCCUAGAAGAUAAGUUCGAAAACAUGGGUGCCAAACUAUUACAAGAAGUUGCAUCAAAGACUAAUGAAGCUGCUGGUGAUGGUACUACUUCUGCCACUGUUUUAGGUAGAGCUAUCUUUACUGAAUCUGUUAAGAAUGUCGCCGCUGGUUGCAACCCAAUGGAUCUAAGAAGAGGUUCUCAAUUAGCUGUCCAAAAAGUUAUUGACUUCUUAAGUGCUAAUAGAAAAGAAAUUACAACUUCUGCUGAAAUUGCACAAGUUGCUACAAUUUCUGCCAAUGGUGAUUCCCAUGUUGGUAAAUUAUUGGCUUCCGCAAUGGAAAAGGUAGGAAAAGAAGGUGUCAUUACCAUUAGAGAAGGUAGAACUCUGGAAGAUGAAUUAGAGGUCACAGAAGGUAUGAGAUUUGACCGUGGUUUUAUCUCUCCUUACUUUAUCACUGAUGCCAAGUCUGGUAAAGUUGAAUUUGAAAAGCCUUUGUUAUUAUUAAGUGAAAAGAAGAUAUCCUCUAUUCAAGAUAUCUUACCUGCUUUGGAAUUAUCCAACCAAAACAGAAGACCAUUAUUAAUCAUUGCCGAAGAUAUUGAUGGUGAAGCCUUGGCUGCUUGUAUCUUGAAUAAACUAAGAGGUCAAGUUAAGGUUUGUGCUGUUAAGGCUCCAGGUUUCGGUGAUAACAGAAAGAACACUCUUGGUGAUAUUGCUGUGUUGACUGGUUCUACAGUAUUCACUGAAGAAUUGGACUUGAAACCAGAACAAUGUACCAUUGAACAUCUAGGUUCAUGUGACUCCAUUACUAUCACCAAAGAAGAUACUGUUGUUCUAAACGGUAAUGGUUCCAAGAGCUCCAUCACUGAAAGAAUUGAACAGAUUAAGAAUUCUAUCGAUGUCACCACUACAAACUCUUAUGAAAAGGAGAAAUUACAAGAACGUCUAGCUAAAUUAUCUGGUGGUGUUGCCGUUGUUCGUGUAGGUGGUUCUUCCGAAGUUGAAGUAGGAGAAAAGAAGGAUCGUUAUGAUGAUGCUCUAAAUGCUACUAGAGCUGCUGUUGAACAAGGUAUUCUACCAGGUGGUGGUACUGCUCUAGCCAAGGCAUCUAGAAUCCUAGAUGACGUUGAAGUCGAUAACUUUGACCAAAAACUAGGUGUCGAUAUUAUUAGAAAGGCUAUCACUAGACCAGCUAAGCAAAUUAUUGAAAAUGCUGGUGAAGAAGGUUCCGUCAUUGUCGGUAAGUUAAUUGACGAAUUUGGUGAAGACUUUGCCAAGGGUUAUGAUGCUGCUAAGGGUGAAUAUACCGAUAUGCUAGCUGCUGGUAUCAUUGAUCCAUUCAAGGUGGUAAAGUCUGGUCUAGUUGACGCUUCUGGUGUUGCUUCUCUAUUAGCUACUACGGAAGUUGCUAUUGUUGAUGCUCCACAACCAGCCGGCCCAGUCGGUGGUGGUGCUCCAGGUGGUAUGCCAGGUAUGCCAGGUAUGAUGUAA